GUCCCCGGGUCAAGCCCCAGGGAGUGAGAGUGGGGAAAAACCACACUUCCCAGAGUGCACCGCAACCGCGAAGGCCUCACUACCGGCGUCCGCUCGCCGGCGCCAUUUCUGGAGAGGGGAACGGCGGUGCGGCCUGCCGUCAUGGCGCUGUUCCCGGCCUUUGCAGGCAUUGGUGAGACUUCCGGUAGCGGCAGCGCCAGGAAAGAAUUAGACUGGCUGAGCAACCCAAGCUUUUGUGCUGGAGCCAUAACCUCUCUGAGCCAACAAACUGAAGCGGCCACAGCCCUGGUUUCUGAAGGGUCACCUCUGACAAGGAGCCCUCUGAAAUCAGAGCCUUCGGACGAAAGUGACACUAACAAAAAGCCCAAACAAACAAGCAGAAAAAAGAAGAAAGAGAAAAAGAAGAAAAGGAAGCAUCACCACAAGAAAACCAGGAGAAAACAUGGGCGGCCCAGUAGCAGUGGGUCUGAGCCAGAUAGUGAUUCUGAAAAGGAUAAAGCUUCCAGAAGCAUUAGAGACAGUAAAAAGGAAUCCGAGAAACCAAACCGAGAAGGGAACGCCGUCGCUGAUACUGGGCACCGCUGCGUCUGGCUUGAGGACGUUCAGGCUCUCACGGGGGAAACCUUCAGAACAGAUAAGAAACCGGAUCCUGCAAACUGGGAGUAUAAGUCUCUCUACCGAGGAGAUAUAGCAAGAUACAAGAGGAAAGGAGACUCCUGCCUUGGCAUUAACCCUAAGAAGCAGUGCAUAUCCUGGGAGGGGGCUGCCACAGAAAAGAAGCGCUCACACAAGCACGUCGAGCGCUAUUUCACGAAGAAGAGCGUGGGACUGAUGAACGUUGACGGAGUCGCCGUUGGCGGUAAAACCGAACCUCCCUCAUCUGAGCCGGUCUCAUUUAUCCCAGUGAAGGGCUCGGAUGAUGUGGUUCCUCCUGUUACGACCUGGCUGAACCCUCUGGGGAUUUACGAUCAGUCCACCACGCAGUGGUUACAAGGACAGGGUCCUUCAGAGCAAGAACCAAAGCAGCCAGACUCCCAGACAGACAGAGAGCAUGCCCUGCUCAAGGCCAAGGUGGAGGAGUUUAACAGGAGAGUUCGGGAGAAUCCCCGGGAUAUUCAGCUGUGGAUGGCAUUUGUUGCUUUUCAGGACGAGGUCAUGAAGAGCCCUGGCCUGUAUGCCAUCGAGGAAGGAGAGCAGGAAAAGCGGAAGCGGUCUCUGAGGCUCGUUCUGGAGAAGAAGCUGGCCAUCCUGGAGCGGGCCAUCGAAAGCAACCAGAGCAGCGUGGACCUGAAACUCGCCAAGCUGAAGCUCUGCUCCGAGUUCUGGGAGCCCUCCGCCCUGGCCAAAGAGUGGCAGAAACUGAUCUUUCUGCAUCCCAACGAUACAGCCCUGUGGCAGAAAUACCUUUUAUUUUGCCAGAGCCAGUUUAGCACCUUUACGGUGUCAAAAAUUCACAGUCUGUACGGCAAGUGCUUGAGCACCUUGUCUGCCGUGAAGGACGGCAGCAUCUUAUCGCACCCCGCCCUGCCGGGCACCGAGGACGCCAUGUUUGCUCUCUUUCUUCAGCAGUGCCACUUCCUGCGGCAGGCUGGUCACUCUGAGAAGGCGGUCUCUCUGUUCCAGGCCAUGGUCGACUUCACCUUCUUCAAACCCGACAGUGUGAAAGACCUGCCCACCAAAGGACAGGUGGAAUUCUUUGAGCCCUUCUGGGACAGUGGGGAGCCCCGGGUUGGCGAGAAGGGCGCCCGAGGCUGGAGAGCGUGGAUGCACCAGCAGGAGCGGGGCGGCUGGGUGGUCAUCAGUCCAGAUGAUGAUGAUGAUGAGCCAGAAGAUGAGGACCAGGAAAUAAGAGAGAAGAGUCUGCCCAGGUGGCAGAUCUGGCUUGCCACCGAGCGGUCCCGAGACCAGAGGCACUGGCGGCCGUGGCGCCCUGAUAAGACCAAGAAGCAAACCGAGGAAGACUGUGAGGAUCCAGAGAGACAGGUGCUGUUUGAUGACAUUGCACAGUCUAUGAUCCGUCUUUCCAGCCAGGAUCUUCAGUUUCAGCUGGUUGCGGCCUUUCUGCAGUUCCUGGGCGUGCCUUCUGGCCUCAGCCCUCCAGCCUCCUGCCUCUACCUGGCCAUGGAUGAGAACAGUAUCUUCGAUGACGGGCUUCAUGACGAAAUGCCACUGACUUUUCUCGACCUUUCCUUUUCCGGUGUCAGCUGUGUUGGCUGCUCAGACCCACUGGGCCGCCGGCGCUGGACCCGGGGUCACAAUCGAGAGGGCGAGGAGUUCAUCCGCAACAUCUUUCACCUUGUGAUGCCUUUGUUUUCAGGCCGGGAGAGGUCUCAGCUCUGCUUCUCUUGGUUACGGUACGAGAUCGAGAAGGUCAUUUGGUGUCUGCACACUAAAAACAAGAAGAGGCUAAAGUCACAGGGAAAGAACUGCAAGAAACUAGCCAAAAAUCUCCUGAAGGAGCCGGAAAACCGCAACAGUUUUUGUCUCUGGAAGCAGUACGCACAUCUGGAGUGGCUGCUUGGCAACACCGAGGACGCCAGGAAGGUGUUCGACGCGGCGCUCAGCAUGGCGGGGGGCAGAGACCUGAGGGACCCUGAGCUGUGUGAGCUCGGCCUCCUCUACGCCGGGCUGGAGGCGGAGCUGUUGCCGGACCCGAGAGGGGCCGCCACGGCGCGAGCCGUUCACGUACUGACCAGGCUGACGGAGCAGGGGCCCUGCGGGCCCUACUCCGGGCAGGCGCUGGCCGUUCACAUCUUGAAAGCUCGGAAGGCGUACGAACACGCGCUGCAGGACUGUUUGGGCGACGGCUGUGUCUCCGCUCCGGCUCCCAGCGACUCCUUCGACCGCCUGCCUAGCCUGGUGAAAUGCUUCAUGCUCUUUCAGUACUUGACCGUAGGGAUCGAUGCGGCCGUGCGGGUGUACGAGCAGGUGCUCGCAAAACUGAAGGGCUCUGUUCCCCCAGGGGGCUCCGGCCCGGAGGACGGCGCCCGCGCCCAGGGCCCCCACGGCGCGCUGGAGGCCGUGACGCUGAUGCACACGAGCCUGCUCAGGUUCCACACGAAAGUCAGCCUUUACCCCCUGGCUCCUCUGCGACAGGCUCUCUCCGAGGCGUUAAGGUUGUACCCAGGCAACCAGGUGCUUUGGCGGGCAUACGUGCAGAUUCAGAGCAGGUCCCACACAGCCAGUGAGACCAGAAGAUUUUUCGACGCGGUCACCAGGUCCACCAAACUCUUGGAGCCUUGGUUGUUUGCGAUCGAGGCCGAGAAAACGAGGAAGAGACUGGUGGAAAGUGUUCAGAGGGUAGAUGGUAGAGAGGUCCAUGCCACAAUUCCCGAGACCGGCUUGACACAUCGCAUCAGAGCCCUGUUUGAAAAUGCGUUGCGGAGCGACAACGGCAGCCAGUGCCCCUUACUGUGGAGGAUGUACCUGAAUUUUUUGGUUUCCUUAGGAAACAAAGAAAGGAGCAAAGGCGUGUUCUACAAAGCACUUCAGAAUUGUCCCUGGGCGAAGGUGCUGUACCUGGACGCCGUGGAGCACUUCCCCGAAGAGAUGCAAGAGGUCCUGGACCUGAUGACGGAGAAGGAGCUCCGGGUGCGCCUGCCCGUCGAGGAGCUGGCGCUUCUGCUGGAGGACUAGACCAGGAGGGAACGGGCCCUGCCUUCCGGGCCUCUCGCCUGCCCCGCCCCCAACUCCCCCACCAGAGCCGGGAUGUGCAGGACGGGGACGCAUGCGUGUGAGCAUGUGUCCCGAGACCUCCGCUUUUCAAGUUUCUUAAUUCUUAGUAAUUUGGGUCUGGGUUAUCAGUCUUUUACCUCUUGCACAUUGUUUGGCUGUGUGAAGGACACAGAACCAUAGUUUACAUAUUGUGUAUGUGAAUGUGUGUACGUAGGGAAGAAUCCUGCCAAGUGAAAACUAAACCCGUCGUGGCUGGCGUGCGGGAGGUCUGUUCCACUCCUCUGCCCGGCCGUGAACGUGCCCCACUGGCAUCCUUGGUGGUCCUGCCGUCGUGGUAGGAAAGGUCUGGUUUCUGAGCACUCGGACCUCUCCCUGCAGCUGGUGAGGAGAGCAGCUUUUGCCCUUAAGAGCCGUUUAAAACUUGGUGUUCUGGCCUCGCUCCCGUUUUGAAAGUUUCUCAUUAUUUGCUAGGCUCUUGAUGCCACCUCCCUUCUGUGGACCAGGAGCAGCACCUGGGGCCUUGUUAGAGAUGCAGCCUCCGGGCCCACCUCAGCCCUUCUGAGUCAGGGCCUGCACUUGAACAGGACCCCCCGGGGACUUAGGUGCACCAAGUGUGGGGGCGCUGCCCAAAGGAUCCCUGCGGCAGGGGAGUGUGCAGGCGGCCAUCUGAGAAGUGCAGAGUGGAGCCAGCACCUUCCCACCAAACCCACCCCUGCCUGGGGGCUGUGACACAGAGGCCCAGACCCAGACCACAUUCUUGUUUUGAUUUGAGGGUAUGAAUGGAACGAAAUGUAAAUAUCCACAUUCAGACCACUUUCUUCUGAAAAGGACACACCUUGAAGUCAUUAUUAAGGACACUGAACUGGGAGGAAAUUGCUCUAUCUUCCCUGAGGUCCUGCUCUAAGAGAAAGGCGGACAGCUGCUGCCUCUAUCGUGAUCUCUAGAACGGCUGAAGUUGUAUUUCUUUGGCAUCUCAUCCAGAGAAGCCCGUGUCGUGGAAGAGAAUCUUGCCUAGAAACCAGCGGACACUGGUUAGGGAGAAGGGCAGCGGAUCAGGGCACCCGCGGAAGGUGGCUGGCCAGCCAAGUGGCCCCUUGCCUCGAUCUGCCCCGCUUCCUUCACGGCUUCAAGACUGAACUGUUCAGAGAGAGGAGAAGUGCCGGAAAUGGAUGAAGAAAGGUAAGGGGGAGCUCUAACAGGUUUUGAGAACCCUUGAGGGGGAUGAGGUUUCUGAACCUAAGAAUGAGCAGGCAGGGCAGAUUCCUGUCGGGAACCUUUCUUAGCAACGCCAAUACCUUCCUGCCCCAAGAAUGCUAGAACCCUCAUGCUCCACAGACCUUCCAGAAGGGAAAGCUGAGUUUCCUUCUGAAGCCAGAACCACAGUCGGCCUCUGUUGCUUAAACAGCAGACACCGCUGGCUUUGCGGCUGCUGUUGUCCAGCCCUGCCGCCGGCUCUGGGGAGGAGAGCAGGGCGGGAGGUGUUCAGGUCUACACUCCUGGCCGUCGCCCAGAAGCCUCCCUAACGCCUUGGUCCACCUAAUGCUGGACCGGCUGCUGAGCGGCUGGCAUGGAGGCUCCAGAAACGGGACGAACUGAGGAGGAGCUCACUUUAUUGGGGGGGAGAGCACUGCAUGUGGCCAACACAUGAAGGCAGCCUGGCGGGCACCCUACACACCGCGCUCAAAAAGGGACACGGGAGGUUUUGCUAAGAAAGAUCAACGGGUGGCUUCCUCUGGGCGGCUUCCCAGCCUCCUCCCUCCGAGGAGUCGGGACGCCCCGACUGUUUCCUUGAAGGCAGAUGUGGUCGCUACAAGUAGAGCCCUUCAGGGGUGCCUUCUUGUUUUUUAUAAAGAACGUUUUCUUUCGAUUUUUUGAAGUCUUCAUUUGUUACUUUCAUUCUGCGUUCUCUCAAGGCCAUCAGACCAGCUUCUGUACAGAUCGCCUGUGAGAAAGAACAAACAGUAUGUUCAGAAAAUGAAAUACUUUGUGUUCUAAUGAUUCAGAGAGCUACUUUGAAAUAAGGUGUAAGACGCCCACGCUAAAACUGCCUCAACCUUUUGGGAAAAGAUGAGAUCUUGUGAAUGUCUGAAGCCUUCUAAUGAUUUUCUCAGGGGAUCUGAGGUGGCUUUGAGGAGGAGGACUGGCUUGGGAGGGAAGGUCUGCCAGCGGCCCCACUGUCGUUACAGGGAGCCACGUUCCUGGGCCACAGUUGCCGUUACACUGGGAAACUUCGCGGCAACAGAGCACACGUCCAGUUCAUCUACCUACACUGAGGAGAGAGCAUGCGUUCUGGCUAAAUGGAAAUCUCCCCAUUUACUGCAUUUAUUGUCUCGCAACACUUGCCAAAAGUAAAACAACCCACGCAACAUGAUGUGCUAAAACCACAAUCUCAGCACUAAGUUUCUAUCUGGUUAUGACCCUCAGGAUAUUUCAAAUAGUUCAGGAAAAAAGAAAGUGAACAAAAAGGUAAAGCAAAGAGGUAAAACGGUAACACUUGGUGAACUGAGGUGAUGGGUAUGUGGGCAUUUACUAUUGUUGCAACUUUUCUGAAGACUUCAAAUUUCCCAAAAUACAAAGUUGGUGCAAAAUUUAAAUUGAAGUUACCAACAAAGACACUAACCUAGUUGUACAGAUGCCAGUGAUACGCAGUUCAGUGCAGGCACCGGCGUGAAAAGGCCCCACACACGCCGUCCCUACCUGACCGUGGCACUUACCCCUACCUGACAGAAACCCAGGUCCUCACAUACAAAGCAGGCUGGACCCACACUCAGUGCUGCCGAGCCUCGCCCUAAUUCUGGUCAUCUGGGAAGAAACGUUCUCACGCACACACACAACUAAGAGGUACAGUCCAGCCCAGGUUCUCACCUUGAUGUCGGCCCCAGAGAGGUCAUCUUUAGCCAUGAUCAAGUCGUCCAGGGUCACAUCAUCGGCCAGCGUCAUCCUGCUUGUGUGGAUCUGAAAGAUGCGCCUCUUGGUCUUUUCAUCGGGCAGGGGGAACUCAAUUUUCCUGUCAAUGCGGCCUGCGGGUAUAAACGGUUUCCAGUCACACCCCUGUGGCUCCACCCAGGCUCCGCUGUGGCUCGCGGAGCCUGUCUCCUCACACCUGCAGUUUCAGAGGGAAACUUCCCUUGUGGGAAGGGUCCAAAUCUUGAAAAGUGAACACUGCUCUUUGUAAAUAUCCACGUUUGAAUUCAUCCUGUUUAAAAGAAAUCCUCUCUCCUCUGGUACCUUCAGAAACACACAAACUAGCUACUGCUGCUUUUGGUGCUACCCGAAUGCGAAAUUAACUGGAGCUACCAUAGGAGCUAUUUCUUCAGAAAAAAGAAUAUUCAUUACGGGAAAGAGAAACGGUCACAACUUAAGACUGCGAUGAAAAGGGCCACACUACACCUACUACAUCAUGUUCUUAGCCAUUACCUCAGUGGAACGCAGCUUUGGGGAAGUUAUUCUACACUUCAAUAAUGUAUUUGCCUUGACGUGUAUCAUUUUUAAAUCCCCUGAAAGUGCACUUAAACACGAACACGUAUAAACACACUCAUUCUCCGUGAUGGGACAAAAGCAAAUCUGACCUGGUCUGAUAAGUGCUGGAUCCAAAGUUUCUAUUCGGUUUGUGGCCAUGAUAACUUUCACGUCACCCCUUGAAUCAAAUCCAUCCAACUGGUUCAACAGUUCCAACAUUGUUCGCUGGAUUUCUCUUUCACCACCGGAAUUUGAAUCGUAUCUUUGAAAAAGAAGAGAAGGGAUGAAAACCGAACUGAUCUGCUGAAGGGGAAUUAUAAAAACACCUCUGAUGCCCUCAAUUCUAGCAACAAAAUCAGCACAGCCUCCCAGCCACCACAUAAUCUUAAACUGUAGAUGUUUUCGUGCCUGAGAUGGCAUCAUUAAUUCAGAUUGCAUGUUUGGUAUCUGAGCCCCCGACCCAAGCAUGAGCUCCUGGAAAGCCUUGUGACCAUGGCUGUGUCCCCAGAGUGCAGAUGAUGCCUGGCUCAGAGUGGAAAUUCAAGGCAUGGCUGCACACUAAUCUCCAGAUGGUCACGACUCCCGGGUGGUUGUCACCUGGCAGCCAGGAGCAGAGCCUAAAGCAUCCACAGCCACGUACAGAAGGAGCCAAGGCAAACCCAUGUGCAGGCCACACAGGCAGUGCUCCGCGAUCAUUCUCAGACAAGAGCUACAAGGUCUUUACCUCUAAAUGACACAAAGAGAAAAAUGUACCUUUUUGUUCCAAUGGCAUCAAUUUCAUCAAUAAACACGAUGGAUGGCGCGUGUUCUUCUGCCACUCGAAAUAACUCCCGAACGAGUUUGGGCCCAUCACCUAGGUACUUCUGAAUAAGUUCAGAGCCAACCACUCUUAGGAAAGUGGCUGAGGUUUGGUUUGCUACUGCUUUGGCUAAUAAGGUUUUACCUAUUUUAGGUUAGAAAAAGAAAGACAAAGUGAAAAAACCCUCAAGUGCUGUCUUAACUUGAAAACCCUGUCACUACCACCUAAAACGGGCAUAAAAAACGGGCAGAUCCCUCUGAUGAAAAGGCAUGCCACCAUUCCAGUGUCUUGACAUUAUGUUCUCCAAGGCAGAUAAGAGGAAAUUCAGAACGUUCUGAUUAUUUUUAACCAUCUUCCUAAAGUCAUCAUCAUAGUGUCAGAAAAUACACUUUACUGGGUUAUUCGAACUUGCAUAGAAUACUAUUAACCCGACACAUGCCACCAGGGUUUGGGAUCCAAACUCUACUCUGUGAAACAAUCAGUGAUGGAGAAACAGCCCGAGAACCCUAGGUUUGACCUAAGGAAACACUCUUUAGCACCAGGCCUGCAGCCCCUGGGGCCACCCGAGGAGUCGUGGCUGUGCUGGCUGGGCUUCCCCGAGGCUCAGCUGAGACGGGGCCAGCUCCCAGUGAAACCCACAAAUGAUAGCUCUUCAGACUUUUCUCAGCCUCUGUUGUGUCCUUGUGAGGAACUUCCUCUCUCCAAUCUCAGGGAAGAUCUCAAACAUUUCCAGUCCUGCCCCAUUCCUUGAGAUUUCUAUUUCAAGUCAAAAACAAGAGAUCUGGCAGCCAUUUUGUGAACUUUAGGGCUGGAAGACCUUGGCCCCUUUGAUGGUGAGUGAGGACAGGGGCACAGGGCCAACCAGGAGCAUCAGGACACGGUGGCAGUUAGAGCAGGGCUGGUAAAGGACCAACCUUAGGCCCGCGGGGGAAGGGGGGGGAGGCUGCCGGGGAGUAACACAGAAGACUUAGUUCAAGUGGGAAGGAGGACGAGGCACUAAGCUUUACUACAAGAUGUGGCCACGACAUCCUUGUGGUGAGACAGACAGAGGGCUGGGUGUGAAGGCUUAAAGUGCGGAGACUCCCAGAGAGAACCGACUAGGGCUGGUGAACAGAAGACAAAAAGGACCUAAGUGGGUGGCAUCUUUCAGUCCAGAAGUGGCCAAGGCCAGCUGCUGUGGCACUGCAGUAGCCAGAGGGCUCACCGAACCGGCUUCUUCCUCCUCCUGUCAGGCCCACCACCCUGUGCUUCACCCCAGCUCCUCAGAUCGGUCCCCAGCAGUGCACAUGCACCAAAGGAGGCCUCUCUUCCAGCCUCAGCCCUGUUGCCAGUUCACUCCCAGAGCGACCGCGGCCUUGGGCUAGUAGUCACUGGCCUCUCUGAAACUUGAUUUCCUGGGCUGUAAGAGGACAGGCUGCAGAAGCUCCACGCCUCCGGAGCUCGUCUCCACUUGUCUCCCAGACCCUCCACUGUGGGCAGUCCCCAGUCCUCUCAGGAUCCUCCUGGGAAUGUGGUUUCAAUUCAUUCAAAUAACUGUGCUUCCUCUGGAAUUUACACAGCGAUGUACUGCUAAGUCCUGGACUGUACAACUUACUCAGGUCAACUAGUCGCACGGUGAACCAAAUAUAUGUGUUUUUAUCUUCAUCUAUGUAUUCAGUAUUAUAUUCAUUCAGUACCAAUGGACCAGAGAAUGAACCUAACCUGAACAGCACAGAAUAGGUUUUAAAUCAGCGGUUCUCCACCAUGGUUCUGAUGUCUGGCCACACACUCCAGAUGCAGAUCGGGAUUUUCAGGGAUGGGACCAAAUACUGGUAUUUUUUAAAGCUCCAGGGUGAUCCUAGUGUACAGCCAAGGUUGAGCAUCCUGGUUUAUUUCCUGUCUUCUAAAGUAUAUUUAAUAGACUCACACUAAUCUUGAAUUAUGAAUACUUGAAAACCUUAUGUUUUACAGCAUAUAAAUGAGAUAUACAAGAGGAGUUCUAAGAAACUGUAAGUGCAUUCACACUGAGCAGGCAUUUGGGGUGGGGGCUGCCUACUGGUGUUCGUUUUUUGUUGCAAUUCCUACUACUGUUUUUAACACAUUAAGCCUGUUAAGUCUACAAUUUCAAGUCUAAGAUAAUUCAGUUUCUAAGCAUCUACUAUACGGAUAAAUAUACUUUUGUGUAAUAGGUAUGUUUCCCUAUUUAUUCCAAAAACGUCCGAAAUGCCGCUUAGAGAACUUUGUUUUAAACUAAGGAAUUGUGGCAUCCUUACUCAAGAAUUAAUUAUAACAAGCUAAUGCUGCAGCUCAGGAGAUCAGCUGAGUGCCCAGAGAGUGUCGAACACGGAGCAUACGUACCUGUGCCAGGUGGUCCAUAGAGAAUGACCCCUUUUGGGGGCUUUAUACCCAUCUCUUCAUAAUAUUCAGGAUGAGUGAGAGGAAGCUCCACGGAUUCCUACAGAAAACAAACACUGGUAAAAAUAAAACGCUUUCCUACUAAAAUUAUCAGAUCCAUUAACUGGCGUCAAGAAUAUAGCUCACUUUCAACAAAAAUAAGCUAAAACCUCACUACCGUUAGAGACACUGUGGGUGACUUCAUCUAGCAGCAAGGACACAUUGAAGAGGACCUCUGUCCUGCCUGAGCUGCCGCCCCCUGCCUAUUGCUCCCAAUUUCCCUCUAACUUUCCAGAAGCCAGCCUUGAGCAACAUUUAAUAAGCUCUUCCUGAGCAAAAGAACUUCAAGUGAAAAUACACCCUUUCCAUUUAAACUACAGACAGGAGCUGGGAUGAUUUUCUGAUUGCUGUUACACCGACGGACACGCUGGCUAGAGAUCGAGCUGUCUGAGAGGUGCCGGGUGGAGACCGGGGACAGCUGUGCAUGACCUCCCUACAGACGAGACGCCGUGCAGGUGGCUGGCCCAUAGCCAACCUGAAUGACCACUGCACUUCCCCCGACUCACACUGUCCCCACAUCACUGGAGGUUUCCAGAUGGCCACAGCUGAAGUUAACACAGAUGGAAACAUUAUAUAUUCACACACACAAUAAACGCUGCAUAUAAAAAGGAUUAAGCUGCAGCUGCUGAAGCAACAAUCACCCAAUUUAUUUCCGUUACCUAAUUCGGUAUUAACAACUACAAAAGAGCACACUGGCAAGCUCUGUUACUGUUUGAUCAGUACAGAAAAAACAAAAUAUGCAAAAUAACUCUAAGCACUCUAAAUGAGGCAGCAGUAAGAAAUCUAAAGUCUAAAAACCCAGAGCCGGUUCCUAGACCUACCUUAAUUUCCUGGAUUUGGUUGUCCAACCCCCCAAUAUCAGCAUACGUUUCCUGGGGGGCCUUUUCUACUUUCAUCACCGUGACCAAGGGAUCCGUGUCAUCCAUGAGCACCCCUAUGACGGCAUGUACCUACAGAGAACGUUAAGUUUUACUGCAGGGACGUGAGGUUUACACAGUCCAUUUACAACAGUGCAAUGCCAAUCACCAGAACGGCAUGAAUGGGCGGAUCUGAGAGGAAGGAGAAAGCAUCCCUGAUUAGGGGCUUCGAGACCGGCAACUUGCCUUGUGGUUGAGCAGGACCGAACAGCCUGGCUCCAGCAGGUCCUUGUCUACAAAGGAGAGAAUGCUGACGUAGUGUUCUGAGCCCACAGACGUGGACACGAUGGCGUGAUUGUCAUCAAUGAUCUCUUCCAACGUUCCUACCGACAUCGGGGUCCCCCUCAGAUCAUCCACCUUUGAUCUCUCCUCCUAUGUAAGAGUAUGCCAUGAAGGAAAAGCGGGUUAGACCUAAAAAGUAGACAAUGCUGACAGUUUUACUAGAGUUACUAGAUUUUACUACGUUUACAAAGCAGGUGGUGCAUUUAAAAGGCAGCUAAUUUAUGAUUCAUAAGAGCCUGCACAGGUCAACUGCUUGAAUUUCACUUAUUCACUGAAUUCUAUCUAAUAACUAAAACUGUCAAUUUGUAAAAUCAAAGUUACAGUAAUUUCUCAGUUUACCUCUUGCUUUUCUUCUAAAGGCUUCAUUUGUUCCUGAUUUCUAAUGAAUUCUUCCUCCAUGAGAAGAUAGUCUUUAAUUCUCUCUAACUUCAGUAAUUUUAAGCGGCACUGAGUGUGAGGUGUCACUGUAAUUAAAAAAAGUUUUAUUGUAUGUGGAGCUUGACGUUCACAAUGAAUUAAGUCCAUCCAUAAGAAAAAAAGGUUAAGACUUAAAAUAAGCUAAUAAGCAGGUGCCUAAAUGCAAAGGGAAGAGAGACUUUGGCAGUUAUAAGUAAGUAGGUAAAAACGGGAUGAGUUCUAUGACCAGACAGCUAAUACAAAAUGACAUACACUAAGUGAACUGUCUUUAUAUAUAAGAAAAAGAGAACUCAAGGACCCAAAAGACAGUUUGCUUCGGUGUUUUAUUCCCCAUAGGUGCUAAUAAGAAUAGCUACAAGUGCUCUUCAGUCAGAAUACAUGCUGCAUGCUAGCUAGAACAAAAGCAUCCACUUGUAGGAGGACCGUGAGAUAUCAGUGGUAUUAACAUAGGCGGCAAACAUUUUUUCCACACUCUUCUGCGUUCUUUUGGCUUGAAGUCCCCUGCUGCACAGGAAUUUUAGCAUAUAUAGACAAAAAUGCCAAUCUUUUCUUUUGUGGUUCCCAGGUUUCUUCAAAAUGUCUCUCCUUCCCUGAGGUUAAAUAUAUUCCUGAAUUUUCAUUCAUUUACUUAUUUCCACGUCUGUACUACAUCUGGCAAAAAGGGAUCUAAUUUCAUUUUCCCUCAACAGCAGAUAAAAUAUGCCAGCCAUUUAUGUUAAAUACUUCAUCCUCUUCCCACAGAACUCAGACAUCACCUUACCAUAUAGUAAUGACCCAUGUAACGUGACUUCCUAUGCUCUUCUGGCAAUCUGAGGACCUAGUCUUUACCGAUACCAUAUUGAUUCAUUAUUCAUUUUUUCAAAUUGUCGGAUUCCUUUCAUUCUUAACCAACCAACAUUUAUUGAAAUUAUUUCAUCUAAGCAGGAAGAGACUUGUUUAGAUGGGGAUGGGAGGGUUAUGUAAGACGAAGUGAUGAGAAGAAGGCAGCCAUGGGAAGGAGUGGGGGAAGAACGUUUUUAAGCAAAGGGCAAAAGCCCUAAUGUGGAUAAGAGUCAAAGAACACAAGGCAGGGCCGUGUGAAUGACAGCAAGGGGAGUGACGGGCUGAGGACAGAGAGGUGGGCUGGGUCAGGUCACCUGAUCUGAAUCUCAGUCUAUGUUCAGUAUGAAGCCACUGAAACAGCUGGUGUUCAGGAAUCCCAAGACGGACAUUCCAACACAGUGGCGUUCCAUUUCUUCAGGGAAUAAGCGUGUUUUCUAAGUUAGUGAAGCUCAAUCUGACUUUUCUAAUCUCAAACUACACUCUUCAUACCUCAGAGGAGCUGGCUGUUUAAGCGAGACAUGGUUGUAUACCGUCUGCACACUGCUAACACCAAAGCACAGCUUUGACCGCAGCCCAGAGGAGGGCCACACCCGCGAGCAGAGCUGCAGCCACCCCGUUUCCGGACUCCACAUUCCGACCUCUACGCUACACACACAGACGGCUCUCGUGGAACCGAGACAGCAGGGAGGAACCAUUACCCAGUGGCAGCUUGCUGGCAGCAUCUGGUCCCUUUGUUUUCUUCUUCUUUUUCCCCACUCUGGUUGGUACAGGAGGUUCGUACUUCUUUUUCUUGUCCUUGAAUUUUUAGAACAGCGGGAAAAAACAAAAACCACACCAAUCAUAUCAAAACACAAACUUCUGUAGGGCCAUCAUCUUUCUUGGGGCUGUAAUUUUCCUUAUCUUUCAGAAUGCUAUUAAAAACUCCUUUUGCAAAUAAAGCUAGGUUUUACACUUCUGCAA